GGGGUGCGGAAGGGAAAGGAGGCGGGGAGUUCUAAGUGAGAGAGGCGGGUGUCUCUUGCCUCGGCCGCGGUAGAGAAGCGGGGGGGGGGCGCUUUUUCUACCUUGCUCCCCCCUUUCCCACUCUCCUUUCUCCACGGGAUCCGGGUUUGCUAAGGGAACAGGGAGGGGGGGUGUCACGUCGCGUAAUGAUGUUGGGGUCGCCGGGGCAACAGCCUGGGGGGGCGGGGUCUGGGGCGGCCGCGGCCGGAGCGGCUGUCUCUGCCGCCACUGCAGCUGGUGGGGCCGCGGGGGUUGCCGGCUUUCCGUGCGGCGGCGUCUCGGAGAGGUUCCUGGCGCGCUACGUGCAGGAUUACCUGGAGUGCGUUGAGUCGUUGCCGCUGGACAUGCAGAGGCUGGCCUCGCUCCUGCGCGAGAUGGACACGCGCUGCCGAGAUGCAUUAAAAGAGAUUGAUGAAGUGUAUGAGAAAUAUAAGAGUGAGGAUGAUCCAAUUCAGAAAAAACGUUUGCAGCAGCAUCUUCAGCGAGCCCUGAUCAACAGUCAAGAGCUUGGGGAUGAGAAAAUUCAAAUAGUCACUCAGAUGCUUGAGUUGGUGGAAAACAGAGCCCGGCAAAUAGAGUCCCACUCUCAGUGUUUCCAGGACCUGUCAGAUACAGAAAAGCCCAUUGAAAAGUCAAAAGUGGAUACCUGUCAGCCAGAAAGAUCUUCUCGAAGACCCCGCCGGCAGCGUACCAGUGAAAGCCGUGAUAUAUGUCAUAUAGCAAAUGGAAUUGAUGAGUAUGAUGAUCAACCACCUAAAGAGAAGAGAUCCAAAUCUGCCAAGAAAAAGAAACGUUCUAAAGCUAAACAAGAAAGGGAAACUUCACCAGUUGACUUUGCUGUAGACCCUAAUGAGCCAACUUACUGUCUCUGUGACCAAGUGUCUUACGGAGAAAUGAUAGGCUGUGACAACGAACUGUGUCCAAUUGAGUGGUUUCAUUUUUCAUGUGUUGGACUCACCUACAAACCAAAGGGGAAAUGGUAUUGCCCCAAAUGCAGAGGAGACAAUGAGAAGACUAUGGAUAAGUGCACAGACAAAUCAAAAAAAGAUAGAAGAUCAAGAGACAGUCAAAGACUGGUCAUUGAUCCUGGAAGCCAAGUUCCAUGAUCGAAGAAAAUCACAGAGAAGUCCACCAGGUGCUAUAAGACAAGAUGUUGAUGGUACAAGAACAGGAAUUGAAGACUUCUGACAUUGGGACAAAAGGACUGGCAGAUAGAGAUAUUUUUUGGGAUCACCUGAAUCAACAUGGAAUUAUUUAAACUGUGGAAAAUUUCAGAUUAAGAAAAUUUUACUCUGCUACCUCCCCCAGUCCAGUAUUCGUUAAAUAUUAUUCAGAUGCAAGAUUUCUGAAACACACAGAAGUUUCCCCAACAGCAGACAUAUCACAUAUUUGAUCUAUCAGAGUGAAAUUACCAUGGUUUUCCUAAUAGACAAGAACCACAAGCAAUGGAAUCUUAAAUACUUGAAAUCAGUAUUGAUUUAUCUCUUCAAUAUAGAUUUCUAGUGAACCACCAGAGGCUCCAGAGAGCAGGUGGAAAGUGAUUGUAAUCAGGCUCGUCAGAUUCCAGGGCAGCUCGGCCAAGCUUUACAUGGUUUCAGGUCAAAGCUGGAUCUUUGCCUUGGCUACAGUUUAGUUUGGGCCUCGCUUAUUUGGUUAUUUCUUGUAUUUACCUUCAGCAUGCUCAUGCCUAUCCACCACUUCUCUGAAGUGGUGGCUCAAGGCCUCUGUGCACCUGAGGCAGGGUGCCAAAUGCUUUCUCUCCUGUGUGCACCCUCCUCCCCUUCUUGCCCCUCCGUUCUUUAAAAAACAAAAGAAGGGGGCAGAAGGGCAAAAUACAGUAUUCAUCUGAAUCCAAUACUAGUUCACACACCCCCAAGUUUUUUGAUAUUAGAAAUCAGGAGGUUUACUUAAAUUCAGAGUCCUGUUC